AUGUACACGGAGACUAUCAAUAUGGCAAGGGAUUAUUCGAGGGUGGUGCCGAACGAUGAGAACGAGCUUUUAUUUCAGUUUGAUGGGCCGUCCAUGUCGCAUGUCGAUGGCGAGGAUCUAUACUAUAUGCCGGAGAUUGAUGUCGGUGAGGAUGAGAAUAUGACACUAUAUUCUGGACCGGGGUAUCCUGUGUCAGAAUGUACGACUCUAAAUUAUAAUUUCAGGACGACGACGACAGCGGGCGUUGGCGCCAGUGCUGGCGCCGUGGAGUCGCUGCUGCAUGCUAAGACAAUGGGUGUUCAAGCCUGUCCAAAAAUUGCACGCAAUAUGCUGUCGCAUGUCCGGCGGCUUUCGCCCCAGGAAUUCCAUCCGACCAUUUGCCUGAAGGAAGAGUCUCUUGACCAAAAUACAGUGUUUAAGGAAUACAACAGCUAUUUGAACCAAAUAGGGUUACACAACAGCCGUAGCAACGACAGACCUUUUCUUUCUCAAAGGGCGCCAUGUGACGGUGACGGGUCGAAAAACCAGCGGCUCGAAAGGCUCGAAGAAUUGGUGGAUAAGUUUUGGAUCGGUGACGGACGCAUCGAUGAGGACAUGUUUGAAGACAGCAGCGACGAAGAGGACGCUAGAUAG